GUACAAUCUGAUGGCUAACCGAGUACUGCUGCUGUUGUCUAUGGCUUCCAGAAAUGACCCUAAAUCGUCCUCCAAAAUUCUGAGCGAAACUGCUGGUCACUUCUUACAGAGUUUAAAAAGCCAACUACCGCAGACGAGAAUUUUGGCGAUCUCAGCUCUAAAUACUUUGCUGAAGGAAUCACCUUACAAGCUCUCUGAAGACCGGCCCAUUUGCUCUACUAACAGGCAGGAUAAAUCCAAGUCUUCUCUUGAAGAAGCUUUAAGUAACAUAUUCAAGGAAAAGGGUUUUUUUAGCGAAACCCUGAAUAGUCUUUCUCAUGUUCAUAUUAUUGACACCGAUAGUGCAUCUUCUAAAGGAAAUCAUGGAACCUCUUCGUUUCAGAGUGUGGCCGACAAAUCCAUCACCCGUUUUUAUUUUGAAUUUUCUUCAUCAUGGCCUCGUACUCCCAAUUGGAUAUCUUUGUUUGGAAAUGACACUUUUUACUCUAGCUUUGCACGAAUUUUUAAACGUCUAAUCCAAGAAUGUGGUGUUCCUGUUAUACUGGCACUAAAAGAUGCAUUAGAGGACUACAUAAAUGCAAAGGAGAGGACAAAGCAGUGUGUUGCUGCUGAGGCAGUGGCAGGUGUGCUACAUUCUGAUGUUUACGGUAUUUCAGAAGCAUGGGAUAGCUGGCUGAUGGCACAUCUUCAGACUAUUAUUCAAGCACCAACGGUUGAGUCCAUACCGGAGUGGGCAGCUUGUAUUCGUUAUGCAGUUACUGGAAAAGGAAAACAUGGAACAAAAGUUCCAGUUUUGAGACAAAAGGUCAUGGACUGUUUAAUGAACCCCUUGCCUGAAACUGUUAGUAAUACUGUAGUUGCCAAGAGAUACAUGUUCCUUUCAGCUGCAUUGAUAGAAGUUUCCCCACCAAAAAUGCCAGUUGCUGAACUAGAGCUUCACUAUAAGCUUCUUGAAGAAUUGCUUGGCAGUAUGAGCCAUUCAUCUCCACAAGUGAGAGAAUCUGUUGGUGUCACCCUCUCUGUUUUGUGCUCAAACAUUCGGCUUCAGGUGUCCCAUAAUCAAGUUCAUCCACAAGAAGUAGGGACAAGUAAUGUGCACAGGAAAGUAGAAGCAGGGAAUUGGGAUCAUUAUCUAGUAGAACGAGCGUCUGAGCUUGUGGUGAAGAUCCAAAGUUUUAGCCAGUCAGACACUCUUGAUGUCCAAACGGACAGAAUUUCUGACAGUGGAGUAUCAAGCGAACAGUCUCAUGAUGAUGUUAAAUGGAUGGAGACGCUAUUUCAUUUCAUUAUCUCAUCUCUGAAGUCUGGAAGAUCCUCGGUUCUGCUGGAUGUUGUUGUUGGUCUUUUGUAUCCCGUAAUAUCACUACAAGAGACAUCAAACAAAGAUUUGUCGACCCUGGCCAAAGCAGCUUUUGAAUUGCUAAAGUGGAGAGUUUUCUUGGAGCCCCAUUUAAAGAAAGUUAUACUCACGAUUCUUUCUUUAGCCAAUGAUGCCAAUUGGCGCACAAGAUCUACAACUCUGACUUAUUUGCGGAGUUUCAUGUAUAGGCACACUUUCAUCCUCUCUAAGGUGGACAAAGAACAGAUUUGGCGAACUGUCGAGAAGCUACUCACAGAUAAUCAAGUUGAGGUGAGAGAGCAUGCAGCAGCAGUUUUGGCUGGGCUAAUGAAGGGUGGGGAUGAAGAUUUGGCCCAGGAUUUUCGUCAUAGAGCUUAUGUAGAAGCAAGUAUCAUUCAGAAGAAGAGGAAACAAAGAAGCAUGCGUUCUGGACUAUCCGCAGCAUCCCUACAUGGACGGAUACUUGCUUUGGCGGCUUGUGUGCUAUCAGUUCCUUAUGAUAUUCCCAGUUGGUUGCCAGAACACGUUACAUUAUUGGCUCAAUUUGUAUCUGAACCAUCACCUUUAAAAUCUACCGUGACAAAAGCUGUGGCAGAGUUUCGGCGCACUCAUGCGGACACAUGGAAUGUUCAGAAAGAUUCUUUUACUGAAGAACAACUUGAGGUUCUGGCUGAUACAUCAUCGUCCUCAUCAUACUUUGCCUGACAUACAUGGUUUGCCUUACAUGAGAGAUAGAAUAAAGAUAAAACAACGAGAAUAAUAGGCGUUUUUCUUUUGAGUUUGACCAUUAAUGAAAUUAUAUUCUCUUUUUAUUUUUUGUUUCAUUGUUCUUCUGAUAAUGAUGACAUUUUUGACUCAGCCUCUUUACAUAUUAAAAAAAUCUAAUCUUCAGAUGA